ACACCAGACUGGUUGUCUUUUCUCCCAUUAAUGUAUAGCAAAUCUGAGAUCAGUCUUAAGAUGGAUACCCACUUUUAGAAGAAAGUCAAGAUGGUUCAAGAGAAAUAUCCCUUCAUUUCUUUUGAGUUAUUGCUAGCUCUCAUCAGUACAACCAACCCUCAGCCCAAAAGACCACUGGGUAACUUUGGGCCAGUCACUUUCUCUCAGCCCAACCUGCCUCACAGGGUUGAUGUUGUGGGGAUGAGGAGGAGGAGGGAAGGUAUAUACACUGCCUUGAGCUCCUGUAUAAAAGACAAUAUAUAAAUCUAUUAAAUAGAAUACAUUAAAAUGUUUCACUGGUGAAAAAGGAUGGAGUACUUAUUGAGCAGUUCUCCAUUCUUCAAAGUGCUUCUGCCCUUGAAACCAUGAUUAUUUGUCUUGGUCUUAAAACACUUGUGUGCCCCUGCCAGUCCCAGCAGCAGGACUGAAAUAGAUGACCUAAUAGUCUAGCAUCAGGUUCUGAUGUUCCACAGAUUGAUAAACUCAAUCAGGAUGUAACUUGUGUAUUAAUGAAAUUCUGCAGCUAGUUGAGAAGACCAUAAAAGAGCAGCAGCAGCAGCAAUUCAGCAUCACAUGCUUGGAUGCAAUGAAUUCUUGGGGUGGGGGGAAGCUUUAGAGGGGAAAGGUAUUUAUUACUGGGGAAAUCGCUGGUUUUAAAUAUGCUUUUCAAGUCUGUCUGAGCCCCAGAAUCUUUCACUUCAGGAAUGAAGUGCUUCCUUUUAGAAUUGAAAUUCCUUUUUGUGUUCUGAUUUGUGAAUGCUGCUUGCUUGCACCAGUGAGACAGUGUCUCUGAGCAAUGGAUCAAGCCCUCUUGUGGUUCAAGAACCUGUUCAUCAAAAAGGAGACAGAAGAAAACAAAUCGAUAGUGCAGAAAAGUUCGUAUGCUGAGAGUGAAGCAUCCUGUUACGCCAGCAUUAAUGGAGCAGAUGCUGCUGAGGUGUCUUGUGUUCCUUGUGGUAACCACGCUAAUCGAGGUUCUGUCACUUGUCCUACUUGCCAGGGCACUGGAAGAAUCCCCCGAGAGCAGGAGCAACAGCUGGUGGCCCUCAUUCCAUAUGGAGACCAGCGGCUGAAGCCUAGACGGACGAAGCUGUAUGUAUUUCUCACAGUAGCCAUUUGCCUGCUGAUGACUUGUCUCAUGAUGUACUUCCUGUUUCCACGUUCAAUCGCAGUGCUCCCUUCUGGCCUCAAUGCCUCCUCCAUCUCUUUUGACAAUUCUUCUUCUAGCAUCAUCCUCAAUAUGACUAAUAUAUUAAAUGUGACAAAUAACAACUUUUACCCUGUGCACGUGGCUCAACUUGUUAUUGAAGUCUUGCAUAAGACGGUGGUGAUUGGGAAAAACACUGUGAUGACUCAGUUAGAUAUCAGGCCUCUGCAGAGUGCCCAGAUCCUUUACAGUGUCUCCAGUACAAUCAUGGAUAGCAGCACUUACAAAAUUUGCACAUGGAUCAAAAUAAAAGUUCACAAUGUUCUUCUGCAUAUACAAGGUACUCUGACCUGUUCCUAUCUCUCUCACUCGGAGCAGCUGUCCUUUGAAAAGUAUCAGUAUGUGGACUGCAGAGACAAUGUUCUACUGUCUUGAUUCUGGAAUCCCUUGUGGCUACAACGGAGUCCUGGAGGAACUUCUUUUGGCCGUGUCUUCAGUCCCCUUCAGUGAGAUUGCUGUAGCAUGAUUUUCAUGCCUCUGGUGACUUGCUGAGUGGGGAGAAACUGAAGCUUUGAUUCCUUGUUGCCAGUUCUGUAAAACAGGUAGCUGGCUAUGGUAGGACAUUCCUCUUAAGAUAUCAUGAAAUGAUGCUGAUGGACCAGCGGUGUGCUAAAAGAACAGCAGAACUGCAUUUGACUGCAGAAAAGAGAAUACAAGAAGAGCAUGCUAAUAUGGGACAGUUAUACUGCAUAUUGGAAUUUGAAUGGACUGAGGCUGCACGGACCACUAGCUGAUUGCUGAAUUUGCACUGAAUUUGUCUAAUUUUUGGAGGUUACUGCCUGGAGCUGGGAUCUAGACACAAUGAACCUUCCCACUGUAGACUUCAUUGGAGGGCUGGGAGCUGAUCUGAGGCCUUCUCCUUUUUCCAGAACUAUCUUCCUCCCAUACCCAUACAGCAGGAAGAAACCUUGGACUUCUCCCACUAAAUGGGAGGUUGUACUUCUCCCACUAGAUUUUUCCCUGCUCAUUAGUUCAGCUCUUUAUAAGUUGUAGGAAGACAGCACACUCAUGUAGCCAAAAUUAUUGCCCUGUUCAAAUGCUGCUUUUCUAAAUUUAUUUCUGCUGUAGCUUUACCCUGUUUUGGAGCUGAGAGGAGAAUAAAAUAAUGGAGACAUUUUCUCCUGGACCAAUAUGACAGUUCUCAUACAAAUAAAAUAAUUAUCUGCAAAAUAAAUAGUCUUACACAUUGAUAGAAGUGUUUGCGUUUGAAUUUAGGUGGGUUUGAAGCAAAUGUGCCAUGCUGCCUGAUGAUGAGUAUAUGGUAGGAGGGACAGGUUGAUAAGAAAAACUAAUAUUUGAUCACUGGAAAAAAGCAUGUCUUUAGCCAUCUUUUUACAGAGAUACUUGUUCUAUGCUUCCUGAGUUCUCCCAGAUUUGGUUUCAUUUAGUUUUUAGACUUGAUGGAUGAAAAAAUUGAUUUAGUGCUACAAUUGCAAUUAACUGGAGUAAAUAUCAGGUAGGUUGGAAAAGAAAUAUUUUGUUAGGGUCCAAUUGGAGUUUUUCCUGGCUUCACUUAUUUUUUAUUAUAGAUAAUAGAUUAGAGCCCAAUAAUCUCAUGAUUGUCCUAAUAUCAGUUUAUUUUCUUGUUCAGGAUGGAGAUGAUCUGAUUUCCUCUUCAUCCUUUUUCUGAAUAAAGCUAUUUUGCUACAAAUGA